UCACGGAAUGGCGGUGAUUGCGGGAGAGGUUCGUGUUGCUCAGGGAGAAGGCGGGGAAGUGGUGGCGAUACAGGACGAGCUGGUGCUAAAAGAAGGCGAGCAUGGCGGCCCGGCGAGGCUGGAGAGACGCGAGAGGGUUCUAGUCGCCGUUCCCGACGAGGACGGAAACGUAGCGGUCGCCGAGCAAGUCACCGUACGAGCCGUUGAGAUGCCUCCUCCAACUCCCGACCCACCGCCGUCACAGACGGUGCCGAUACGACCCGAGCCUCGUCCGCCUAGGGCAGCAACAAGAGCACAUGUCUAAAUGCAAUCACUGCGAGACACCAGAAUCCCUUUUUGUACAAGUAGCUAGCCAGCUCAACAUGCAAUUAAUAUUAAUUUC